AUGAGGAUCAACAUGAAGCUUUCGCUAGUGUUCCUGGUGUUUGCUGUGCUUUAUGUAUCAGCAGAGCCAGAACCAGAACCAGAACCAGAACCUGAAGAUGACAAGAAGGUGAUUGUCAUCAAAGAUAAGUCUGAACACCACCACCAUCAUCACCAUCAUCACCACCACCAUCAUAAACACGGGCAUGCACACAAACAUGAACAUGGGCAUAAACAUGCUCAUGGUCAUAAACAUGGCCACCUUCACAAGCACGAACAUGGACACAAGCAUGCUCAUGGUCACAAGCAUGAACACGGUCAUAAACACGUCCACGGUCAUAAGCAUGGACAUGAACAUAAGCACGGCCAUGCUCACAAGCACGCUCAUGCCCAUAAACACGGUCAUGCGCAUAAGCAUGGACAUGCUCAUAAACAUGAACACGGACAUAAACAUGGACAUGCUCACAAACAUGAGCACGGGCACAAACAUGGGCAUUUGCACAAGCAUGAACAUGGACAUAAACACGGACAUCAUCAUCAUCAUGGUCAUAAACACGGCCAUGGACAUAAGCAUGAACAUGGUCACAAGCACGGUCAUGCUCAUAAACAUGGACAUGGACAUAAGCACGAGCAUGGGCACAAGCAUGGACAUCACCACCUUCAUAAACAUGGUCAUGAACAUGGACACAAACAUGGUCACGGACAUAAGCAUCUUCACGAACAUGGUCACAAGCAUGGCCAUGCUCAUAAGCACGGUCACGGACAUCAUCAUGUUCAUGGUCACAAGCAUGGUCAUGCACACAAGCACGGUCAUGGACAUCAUCAUGCUCAUGGUCACAAACAUGGUCAUGCACACAAGCACGGCCAUGGACAUCAUCAUGCUCAUGGUCACAAGCAUGGUCACGCACACAAGCACGGUCACGAACAUAAGCAUGGCCACGGACACAAACACGGCCAUCAUCAUGGACACAAGCACGGUCACGCCCACAAGCAUAAGUGGUAUGGAUUCAUUGGAGGACACUCUUUGCAUGCCCCUUUGCAUGGUUUUGGUCACGCUGAUGCUGAACCCCAUGGACUUGAUGUUGAGGCUGAACCAAUUCACCAAGGUUUGGACAUUGAUGCCGAUAACGAGGCCGAACCACAUUUCCACGAAGUUGAACCUGAAGGUGAAGUUUUUGACGACAAAGCUGUAGAUGAUGAAGAUUCUGGUCUCGGACUUGAUGUCGAAAGCGACUCAGAUUCUCUAUUUUCUGGAGAUCAUGGACUCUCCCAGGAAUAUCGUCAGUUUGGAAAGCUGGAACCUUCCACCUCUUUGUUUGGAAAACGAUUAGGGCUUUCUUCUGUAGAAAAGAAGGACGCUAAAGUCAACUGA